AGGACACAGCAUGACAACUUGCAGAGUUGUACUCGCUGCCGCGUCGAUAAGGAGGGAGUCGCAGAUGCAACCGAGUGUUAAGAGGAGAAGAAGAGUCGUGGAGGACCCUCGGUGUCGGAGGUGGUGAUCCAAUUUAGACUUGACUUUACUGCCAUCUCAAGUCAGGGAACAGAAUUCCUGCGGUUGUGGGAUAAAACGGCUCCCACGACUCACCUCACCUGAAGUGUCCCUUACCUUCCCCGGCCAACGGCUCCGCUGGAGGACUGAGGGAAAACCACUUGACAGUCUUUGCCCGGGGCGAAACAGAGCUCAUAUAUAUAAAACUGGGAGAAGGACAUUCACAUACCAAGAAGUGGAAACCGACUGCAUCAACCAUGGAGGUCUAUGCUACUUCGAGGAAACUUACUUUGCUGUCGUUUACCUUUCUGUGGGGGCUCUCAGGCACACUAGCUGAGAUUCAGAUGCCCCAAACCAGUAUCGAUGUGAUCAAGGGUCAGAUGGUGGUGCUGAGGGCUUCAUACAUCACGGCACAAAACAGUGACCUGAGCGCCAACACUGUACUGUGGAACUUUGUCUCAAACAGCACCCAGCUGGUCAUCUCCUACACCAAAGAUUCCAUUAGUGUGGGGAGCUCCCAGUUUAAGGGCCGUGUUGGUUUCUUCUCUACCAUGCCUUCGCGGGACGUGUCACUGUACAUCAACAACACCCAAGAGUCUGACUCAGGACGCUACGUCUGCCAGGUCAUCAUCCCUAAUAACCCCCUCACUAAAGACCUGCAGCUAGAUGUGAAGGUCCCUCCCGCUGUUCCUAAGUGCUCUCUAUCAGGGAAGCCAGUGCUGAAAGGAAAUGUGACUCUGAGCUGCAAGUCCAGCUCUGGGAAGCCCAUUCCUCUGUACAAGUGGAAGAAAACCAGUCCCACCUCUGAGGUCUUCUUUUCACCCAUGCUCAAUGAGAAGACUGGAACUUUGAAGCUCAGCAACCUGAGCAGUAACAUGUCGGGGAAGUAUGUGUGCACAGCCACCAACUCAGCCGGCUCAGAGAGCUGCUUCAUCAACCUGGAGAUCGUCACCUCCACCAAUGUGGGUAUGAUUGUUGGAGCCACAGUGGGCUCAGUGGUCGGCUUCAUCUUCCUCCUUCUCAUCUGCAUCGUUUUCGUGAUGAAGAGGCGACGAGACAGUGAGGACGACAUGGCCAACGAAAUCAAGGAGGAUGCUCAGGCUCCCAAGCGUGUGUCCUGGGCUAAGAGUGGCAUGGGUUCAGAUAUCAUCUCCAAGAAUGGCACCCUGUCAUCCAUCGCCUCCAGCCCGCACCACAAAGAGCCCUCCCACCACCACCACAACAACCACCACCACCUGCAGCAGUACCCCCAGCGCCCACCCUCAGACACUGCCUCCAUCAUCACAGCCACCGGCAGCAUGGCUGGCUACCGACCGUCCCGCCAUCAGGGAGCCUCUACCCCCACCCACUACAGCUACAACAACAAUACCACCCUGCCUCGCGGACAGCCCGUCUCCUCUGAGGCCAGCACCAACGGGAGCUCCCUACCCAGACCGGAGCGCUACACCCAGCUGCCCCAGGCCCAGGUGCUGCCGCAGACCUACAGCCAGCCUCAGGUGCAGCUCCAGGCCGCUCCCUCCCCGCCGCCACUGCCCAACUCCGGUAUAACCGCUUCUAACAUCGCCCGUAUGGGAGGGGUGCCCAUUAUGGUGCCUGCACAGAACCAGGCUGGAUCGCUAGUCUAACACCAGCCAGUGUUGAAAAACAGUGGUGUUGACAAAUAACAGUGGAAUACUGUCCCUUUACACUCUGAAAGGGUCAGCUGCUGAUUUGUUUUUAAAGGGAACGCUUUAACUACUAUUUAGCAAAAAUUUCCAGUAGAUGAAAAGUUCAAAUUCACUUAUGCUUUCGCAACAAGAAGCUGUCAUGGCAAGACUUUCAGACACAGACUGUUUACUUGCUUUAAGUAUACUUACAUUUUUUAUAUUCUGUAUGCACUGUAUACAUGGCAAAUUGUAUAUAGAUAUGAUUUUCAUACAUUUGUCCAGUAUCUUUUCUACUUUAUCAAUGCAUUUGUAAUGUUGUUUUUUUUUUUUUUUUCAAAUGUAUCUUUUAAAUGUUGUAACUUCUUACAGAAAUCUUUUUUUUUUUUUUUUUUUACCUCCUGCCAUGCUAAUUACAGUAAGUGAACAGCAAGUGAAUCAUCCCUGCAGGCUUUCAAAUCUAUGUGAGUCUCAGAUGAAAUAAGAGGACGGUGAUGCAGGUCUGCUGUACUUUGUCAUCUUGCUUUCAAAAACUACCAAAAGGAGGAUUCAUGAAGAUCAAAAUAGGUGUAAGCACAUUGUAUCAGUACUGUUCAGAGGAGAGAAUGUUGUUCAAAGGGAAAGUUGGGUGUAAUGUAUGAAGAUCUAUGUGUUAAUGAAUAUAUUUCUGCAGCAGACUUAUGGAAAGAAAGAUAAGACAAUAUUAUACUUAUAAUGAAAAAGUUUGGCAUUGCAGAAAAUUCUAAUCCCUUUUUUUGGCUUUGUUUCUGUCGGUGGUUCAGCUUAUAAAAUGCUCUUAGACUCAAUUCUUCAAACACAGAUUAGCAAAAGCUUCUUAUAGUAUUGAGCACUAUUCAGAACUGCAGUAUGAUGACUUUGUUAAUUCACACUUGAGUUGUAAUAAUUUAAAGUUGCCUGCAGCAUUGAAACUGUAAAUAUGAUAUUUAUUUUCUGUUAAGUGUGUAACAGACACACAAGCAUAGCAUAGCAUAUGGUCACAGCUUGUGUGGAAUGUAUGAUAGAGGUUGUAUGUUUGCCUGCAACACUGGAUGCUGAACCAAAGACAUACAGUAUGUAACACUUCAUUAUAUCAACACGCUCUCGUAAUAUGUUGUCGUUUUUUUGUUGUUGUUGUUGUUGUUUUCAUGGGUAGAAACAGUUUUAACAACAUGGCAUGAUUCACUGCUAUAACCUACAGGCUUUAGGUGUUUUAGACAAACCUUUCCCAUUUGAUUGACAGCAAAAAGCUGACAAGAGUUUCUCUGUAUUAAGAAGACUGAUGUGAAGGUGCCUAGUCAGUGAUCUUCUACCAUUUCCUGUAAUGAGAGGAUGGGGAAGCUGCACUGUUCCUCCUUGAAGUUGGUGGAGUAAAUUAGCUAACUUAAAAACAUUCCUAACAAUGUCACCUUACUUUUUACAUUUAGAUGAUCAUUAUUGCAGUGUCAUAAUGUGUUCAAAUGGCUACAGACUAAACACAUUAUACUGAAUGGUUCUAGAGCAUAACCUGAAUUGUGAUAUUUAAUCAGUUUUUCUAUUUAACUGAGGCAGUGAAAUCUGAGUAUUAUUUUUAAUUGUGGUUUUUUAAGUAAAUAAUAUUAAUAUAAUUAAAUAAUAUAAUAAAAGGAAAAAAGUAUAAUGACCACAUCAUCAUUUAUUCUGCCGUAUUGUCAUUACACUGGAGCAUAUGUUUGUUUAGCUUUUUUUUUGUGUGUGUGCACAGCAACAGUGACACUUGGUAACAACAACCAUUCUGGAAAAAAUCAUGUGAAAGUCAGUGGUGCGGAAAGAAAAUAUUUGAGCUUUCUUUAUUUACAGACUCAUUUAGAAUAUUGUUAUCUGUUUGACACAAGCUUGGCAGGACAGAAACAGCAAACAGUUGUGACUUGAAGUUGUGAUGGUUUUGUAACGUUUUGAAUAGGUUAGAGCGAAAGGGAAAGAUUUCAUGUGAGAUUUUGAAAGUGCUGAGUGUUCAGAGCUACAGUUCAGAGCUACAGUUAAUAGACUCACUGAUAACUCAUGAAUGGAUUGUUCAGUGUACAUUCUGAUAUUAAAAUGUAUUCAAGACAAACCUUUAUUUUUAUACAGCCAUGUAUGAGAGCACAUGAGCAGAGUUUAUUAAUAGUAAAUGUUGAAAGUUUUAUGACCUAAAGAAGUGCUCACUGUCAGGUGAGUUAUAAACCAUGAUGGAUUGUAUAACUACUGUGGACAAACUGGUGGCCAAACAUGCUUAUUUAUACCGUAGGCCUAAACUGUGGACAUUAAUAUGCAGUGUGCACUUGUAUCAUUCAUAUUUAUGUUCAUGGAAAAUGCUUUGUAUGAUAUUUUCAAUUAAAUUACAAAUGAUCA